AUGGAUGGAGGUAUUCUGAUGCUGAUUGCUUACCUCCUUAAGCAGCAUAAGGUGUGGCGUGGUUGUACGCUUCGCAUUUUUGCCAUUGGCGAUAAUGAUCCCUCGAAAAACGAAGAGAUUCGAAAAGGACUCCAAAAAUACAUUUAUAUGCUGCGGAUCGAUGCCGACGUUUUCAUGGUCAAUCUACUCGAUAUGGAAGUUUCGGAUGAGGUCGUGGAAAAGACAGCCGAACUUGAGAGGCAACAGCAGACAAUCAGAAGUCAGAUUCGGCGUAGUAAAUCACGAGAGAGCGGCUUCACUAAUGAGGCCUUCAACAAUGACGAUACGAUCAACAGCCGAAAACAACUUAGAGUGUACGACUCCGUUCGAAGUUUCACACCUGUUAUUAUCAAUAUCACGGAAGAUGCUGAAACGUCAUUCAUUGACAAUCCAGCUGAUGGUCUCUACACUCCCAGCGAAGACAGUUGCGGAGGCGAUGUGAAGUUGAAUGUUUAUCUUGACGUGUUGACCGAGAAUCUGCAGCGAGUGCUAUUCGUUGGCGGUAGCGGUAAAGAGGUCGUCAGCAUCGACUCUUGA